AUGAAAUGGGGUAGGAGGAAACCGCAUAAUCCUUCUUCUUCUUCUUCCACUUCUUCUUCUUCUUCCUCUAGGCCAUCUUUCAUGUCUAAUAUCUUGCCUGCUUCUUGGCUUUCAAAGCUCAAGCAGAAGAAAAGUAACCAUGAAGCUAGACCCAGAAAAGUUAAGGGAACAGAGAAAGGGAAUUCUCCUUGCAUUCAAUCGCCUGAUUAUGCUAAUGUGACUCCCUCCCCUGGUCAAGUGAAUGGGAAUCGUAAUCGUCUAUUUACCGGUGAUAAUGGUGAAUUUUGGAAGCUAUCCUUUGGAGGAGAUGAUAUUGAUGUGAAGAAGAGUAGUGGGAUUUUGAGGUCAGUGUGGUACAACUCAGAGGAUGAGCAUGAUCUUCCACGUACAAGUUGUAGAAGUUGCAGAACUAAAUGUACAGAAUCUGAAGGAAAGGAAGAGAUUCAGAAUUUGGACGACAUGGUUUCGAGGAUGACAAGGAGAAGAAGAAGGAGGAGAGAAGCUCCAACCCAAGUGAAGCUUUUGAGAAGAGAGAGUGAAACUGAAUCAAGGACUCCAAGGAGGAAAUAUAGAGAAAAUGGGAACUUCGGGUAUUUGGGUAAAAAAUCGAUGGAGAAGAAGGGAUUUAAACCAGAGAGGGAAACAGAUAAAGGGAAGGAGAGAGCAAGAAGAUUAGUGGGGAAGAAAAUGCUGGGGGUCGAAGAAGAGUCUGGAGUUAGGAAGAAUGAGAGAGAUAAAACCAAUUUGACAAUUAAUUCAAGGAAGCAUAGGUAUGUCCCUUCCACCAUGUCUAAAAGUUCCAAUUUAGGAACUAUAGAAGAAAACUGUGUAUUUUCUUCUAUGAAGGCAGAGGAAAGCGAUGGACAUGAUACUGUGGGCAUUGAAAUUGAUUCAGACUGGGAAAGAAUGAAGGAAUUGAAGAUCGAAGAAUUGAAGUUAAGAUAUGAAAAGCAAAGACAACCACUCUAUAUAAGGAAGGACUCAAAUGAGAAGAAUCCGAAAGGCAGAAGAAAAAUCAGAGUCUAUUCUCCUAGAACAGCCAAUAAAAUCGAGAUCUGCAAGAUUAAAGCAUUGGAGGAUAUGAAGAAAGCUAAGUUAAAGAUGAAGAAGAAGGUAAGAGAGAGCAUGGUGGACGACGAGACUGACUUGGAGAGCUUUGCGGUCGUGAAAUCUUCCUUCGACCCACAACAGGACUUCAGAGACUCAAUGGUUGAGAUGAUCAUGGAGAGAAGAAUCAGUAAAGCAGAAGAGCUUGAAGAACUAUUGGCUUGUUACCUCACAUUGAAUUCCGAUCAAUACCAUGAUCUCAUCAUCAAAGUAUUUAGGCAAGUAUGGUUUGAUCUGAAUCAGGCUGCUUUAGAAUCCGAAUUACACAAGCAAUUCCCUUGUAAUGAACAACUUGUUUAG